CUUUUCGCUCAACAGCGUUGGUGGCCAAACGACCCAUUUGCCGAGGCCAGAUCGGCGCUCAAAGAGCAUGCAGCCUCGACAACCGGCCGCACUUGCCUCGAAAUCGUCGACGGGACCAGAGUCAGCCUGCCCUGCCUCAACAUCAACAUUCGAGAACAUUCGCCGUUGAGCACCAGAGUCAACCUGCCCUUGGCCUUUGACCCGGACGCCCCGCCGCAAAACACCACGGCUCGUUACGGCAUCUAUUCGCAGUCGAGUCCGGAGGCGUUUUCGUUGGUUUGGGACGGCGACGGUCUGUUGGCGCCCGACGAUCCGACGCAAGAGGAGUCAGAAGGUCGGGGACUCUGGUUGCAUGUCACCCGUGACCUGGACAGAGACACAACCCCCAGCCACGAGGUCACCCUGUACGCCUCCGACGCUGGACAGCCAAUCCACCUCACGGGAUACCUGAAGUUGAACAUCACCAUCGACGACAUCAAUGACCAUGCUCCGAGGUUCGUGAAGAAGUUCGCCUCCACCUGGAUCCUGGAGAACUCGAACAAGGGCACUUUUGUCUACCGAGCCAAAGGUGAAGAUGCCGAUCCCUCGGACGCCAAGCGACUGGCCUACAGCUUCGGCCCGACUACGUCAACCGAGGCCAGACAGCUCUUCUUCAUGGACUCGAGCACUGGCGAGAUUCGAACCAUCGGCCCAAUCGACUUUGAACAAUACCCCGUGCACAAGUUGGCUCUCGUGUUGACGGACGGCAAGUGGACCGCGGAGGCUGAACUGAUCGUCUGGAUCGUCAAUCUCAACGACCAUCUGCCUCAGGUCGAGUUGACCUCCUACCUGGCGACGAGAACAGCGCCCGGAUACCGGCCUAGCCGGUUGAGUGGUCAACUGGUCCCGUCGAAACCGGCUGUCUCUAUGGCCGGUGAGACGGGCGCUGGGCGCAGCGCUGGAGCCGGACUUAUUCCGUUCUCCGGUACCGGGGCGGCGGUCACUUUGGUCGUCCAUUUGACCGAGAACGGGCCGGGCAACAAACUUAUCGCCAGUCUUCGUGUCAGCGACCGUGACGACGUAGCUGAAGCGCGUCUUCGAAGCUCUCCUCUCUGGUCGAGCCAGUCGAGCGUGACGAGCGGAGUUGGUGGCGGUCUGUUGCACCCAUUUUGUCAGAUCACGGGAGGCCUGGCUCGAAGUCUCUUCCGAAUAGAGGCAUUCCGGCCGAACGAAACGGGUCCGGAUGAUCCGCUCACGUAUCACAUUCGACUGGCUGGCCAGCCUCUCGAUCGGGAAGAGAAGGCCUUCCACGCGGUGCCGAUCGAGUGCCGUGACCAGGAGAAGCCGAUGCCAGAUCAAGUCUACUGGUUGGGCAGGUCCCUUCAGGACAGCCAGCAACAACAGCAACAGCAAAAACAGCAGCACCAGCAGCAGCAGCAGCAACCGUCAAAGUGGCCGCAAAAUGCCAGACAUCAAGUGCUCACCAACGCCUAUUCGGGCGCCAACCUCUACUCCAGCUACUCCAUUCAUCCGGUCACCCACGUGACCAAAGUGUUGCUGAAUGUGAUUGUGGACGACGUAAACGACUGCCCUCCUGUACUUCGGUCGCCUCAACGUCUGGUGCUCCGCGAGGCCGAACCGAUUGGUACCCUGGUGGGCGUGAUCUCGGCUGUGGACGGCGAUGAACCAUCCAGUCUGGCCGGCAACUCAGGCCUGCGUUACUAUCUGGCCGGAGAAGCGGAAGAGAUGUUGUACUCGCCGGGCGAGAAGAAGGCUGUCAAAAGUUCGAUUUCGCCAAGGCCUCAAACGACGAGUCGGCAAAGCGACAAAAAUGUCAGCCAUUCUGGCGAAGAUGAGUCUGAGACGAAGGAGGCCUCAGUUGAUGCCGCGACUCACGAGACGGUGGAGGGUUCGGAGGCUGCGAGAAUAAAUGGUCUGUUUGACCGGAGUCGAGCAGACGAAUCCAUCCUUCCGGGGCCAAUUCUGCCACCAAAGCCAUGGUUCAUGUUGGACGCUGUCACCGGAGAGCUACGGACCAGCGCCUCCUUCGAUCGAGAACAUGUUGCCAGCAUCAGGCUGGCGGUGACAAUACGAGAUGGUGGCAACCUAACACCUCGGGCCUCUGGCCGUGAACUGGAAUCUGAAUUGCCGGCCUACAACGCUGUAAACAUCACUUUACAGAUCGACUUGAUCGACAUAAACGACAACCCACCUCUCUUCACGGAACACAUUUACACCUUUAAUGUGAGUGAAGAUGCGAGACCACCGGUUCGUCUGGGCCGGGUAUUGGCGGUAGACGCCGACGUGGACAGACAAAACAAUCGACUUGAGUACUGGCUAUUGCCCAAUCGUCAACUGAACGAGGAUGAGACUGCAGAAACGGUGUCGAACAGCCCAAACUCUGGUGGUCGGGGUGAGGUUGGUAAAAACUUGGUCACAAGUCAGCAACGUCUGCUUUCAGCACUGGCAACCUGGUUCACGGUGACGUCGGGAGGCGAGAUCUACCUGAGAAUGAGUGGAUUCAGCAGUACCAAUCAGAUGAGUCGGUAUCCGGUCAACCAGAUCAUGCCUUUGGACCGUGAGCUCAAUGAUAUCAUCAUCUUCGAUGUGUUUGCUAAAGAUACCGGGACGCCUAGCUUGACUGGAUCUGCUCAAGUCGUGAUUCGAGUGCUGGACGUGAACGACAAUGCACCCGUCUGGAAGUUCCCCAAAGAGGGAGAUCGGGUGGUGAAUGUCUCUGUCAACGCCGUACAAGGCCAUCGAAUAGUCCAGGUGAGUUGGCAUGCAGAUAUACAGAAUGUUCACGAUUUCCACGCUUCGUUGUCAAUUCGCUUACAUUUCGGUCAUAAAGAAAAGAAAUGUGCCAGCACCCAGUCGAACUAA